AUGUCUACGUUGCUCCUCUCCAGAGUCAUCCUUAAGAGAGCCUUCUGUGAAUACGAGCCCAUCUUCAGUACGUUUCAAGAGCUCGAGCUCCGUCAACACAAGCCUGUUCGCACCCGGAGCGAUCACAAGCCUCUCAUGGAGAAUCUGGUAGAGCAAGUGUUGCAGCGAGAUGACCUGAAGUCGUUCGCAGACACAGAACAGGGAGUGGAGCUGAUGAAGAACUCUCUCAUUGUUGACCAAUUGGAUGAGAGCUGCUACCGGCAAGAAAACAACAAAAAUCUUAGGCACUCGUAUCUGCCGCCUCUUGAGUCGUUCAAAGAGAACAACAAUGUGAAUGAUGCACAGGAUAAAGAGUCUCCGGCAUGGCAUAUUUUCUUUGACGGUGAGAAGGAGUACUACGUUAAUAGAUGGGCUGAAGCUCUGCGAUCAUACUUCCGACCACCAAAUGGGGAGCCCUAUGGUGACACACUCGCACUUGUUCAGACUGUCGACUCUCUCCGAGAAAUGCGCGCCGUACCUAAACGAGCGUAUAAGGAUCCCUUGUGGCUUCAUAUUGUGGAGCAAACAGGAUUGUUUGAUGUCAUCAACUUUAUAUGUGACCCCGCCAAUCUGCCUUGUCCUUCUGAACCUCAUGUCCAGCGAGCAUAUGCGAUGUAUUCUUUCAAGACUGCAUUUGGGGAAAUAAUGAAGGACUGGAUGCCUGAUGACAUCUCUCUGAAGGUCAGAGAACCGGCGCCUGGAAAGAUACAGAAAAACCUCAAGGAGUUCUUUGACAUCCUUGACAGCAAUCCGGCUUUUGUCCCACAACCAUGGAACCCUGGCGCUAUCUUCUUUCUGACCUGUCUUGAUGCUUUUAAGACAGCAUGGGAAGAGUGGCUUUGUCCCGCAAUUCUGUCAACUGGACAGUAUCCAGACAAUUUCAAUGAUGGGUUGACUGAUCAUGUUCUCCAUGCCAACACAUUUAAGUGGACCCAUGUGCAAGCUAGAGCCGAUGUAUACGCACGGUGUGGACGAGACAUCACUCUUAUCAAUGCACCUGCAGAACAUGAGGAGAAGACCGAUGAACAGUGGUUCAAGGAUCUAGGGAUCGACAAUUUUACACAAAUACGGGAGCAGAAAAUUGGUGACAAGCGCAUUAUAAUCGGUGCCGUUCGCUUCAGAGCCUUCACGGAGGAACAUCUAGGAUGCAUGAUUGAACACUCUAGCCAUUUGAAAGGUUAUAAGGGUGUGAAGUGA